AUGGCCGCCGAAGCCGCCUCCUUCACGCCCUCCUCCUUGGAAAAGGAGGGCAACGGCAACAUCCACCGCCAUCACCACCACGACUACUCGCACAUGAACUCCGGCUUCGCCCAGGCCGACGCCGGCACCCUCAACCCCGGCCUGUGGCGGCCCUACGAGCACCGCAAGCUCGCCAACCCGGCGCCCCUCGGCCUCUGCGCCUUUGCCCUCACCACCUUUGUCCUGUCCGCCAUCAACAUGCACGCCCGCGACGUCUCGGCCCCCAACAUUGUCGUGCCCCUGGCCUUUGCCUACGGCGGUCUCGUCCAGCUGCUCGCCGGCAUGUGGGAGAUUGCUUGCGGCAACACGUUUGGUGCCACGGCCCUCUCGUCGUACGGCGGCUUCUGGAUCUCGUACGCCAUCCUCCUCACCCCCAACUGGGGCAUCACGGCCGCCAGUGGGCCCUACGGCGGCAACGUCUACAGCCCCGUCGGCUUUUUCCUCACCGGCUGGUUCAUCUUCACCACCCUGCUGCUGCUCUGCACCCUCCGCUCCACCGUCAUGUUCUUCCUCCUCUUCUUCACCCUCGACCUGGCCUUUCUCUUCCUCGCCACCGAGCAGUACGCCCUCGACAUGGGCAACAAGACGGCCGGCCUCGCCCUGCAGAAGACGGGCGGCUUCUUUGGCUUUCUGGCUGCCUUUUUGGCCUGGUACAAUGCCCUGGCCGGUAUCCAAGACAGCAGCAACUCCUUCUUCCAGGUCCCCGUCUUCCACUUCCCCUGGUCCGACAAGGGCCGGGAGCUGCGCGGCGUCAAGAGCGAGCGCGCCCAGGCUUAG